CGCGUAUUAAAAUCUCACCCACGCAACUCCAUCUGCUCGCUCACACGAUUUCCAUUUUCAGUCCAAUUUCUUCUUCUGGUCGUUUCUCGAGGAAAUUCUCCUUUUGCAUCAAAUUUUUUUCGGUCAUGGAAACGGGGGGAAAGGUGAAGAGAGGUGCUGCAGGGAGGAAGGGAGGCGGUCCCAAGAAGAAACCGGUGUCCCGGUCCGUUAAAGCGGGUCUGCAGUUCCCAGUUGGACGAAUCGGCCGGUACUUGAAGAAAGGCCGUUACUCUCAGCGUGUGGGCACCGGUGCUCCUGUUUACCUCGCUGCUGUACUUGAGUACCUAGCUGCUGAGGUUUUGGAGUUGGCUGGAAAUGCCGCAAGAGACAACAAGAAGAACAGGAUUAUCCCAAGGCAUGUGCUACUGGCCGUGAGGAACGAUGAAGAGCUCGGGAAGCUUCUCGCUGGUGUGACCAUUGCCCAUGGAGGUGUCCUUCCCAACAUCAACCCCGUCCUUCUGCCAAAGAAGCCUGACAAGGUUGCUACCAAAGAGCCCAAGUCUCCAUCUAAGGCCACCAAGUCCCCUAAGAAGGCCUGACCCUUCGCACAAUGUGUUGAACAAAGUCUUUGUGUCUCUGUAUGUAAUUUCCUAUCUGUAUUUGUUGCUUGUAAGGAAGUUCAUGUCCGUAGAAUUUAGGAUACCAUUGUACUGCUCGUUGUUUCUGUCCUUGUAGAACAUCCUUUGCUUUAAAUUAAUCAGAUCAAAUUGCAGCCCAGUUCGAAUUUCU